AUGUACGCGGGAGAAAACGAAGAGAAAACGGUUUGUCGAGGGAUGCUGUGUGGCUUCGGUGCCGUCUGCGAGAAGAACCCCGCGGACGCUUCCCAAGGCGUGUGUGUUUGUAAGAAAGCCACCUGCCCGUCCGUGGUGGCUCCGGUGUGCGGUUCGGAUUAUUCGACCUACAGUAACGAAUGUGAGCUGGAGAAAGCCCAGUGCAACCAGCAGCGUCGCAUUAAAGUCAUGAGUAAAGGAGCUUGUGGUUCGAAAGACCCCUGCGCGGAGGUGGUCUGCAGCUUCGGCAGCACCUGCGUACGAUCCACGGACGGGCAGUCGGCCAAAUGUAUCUGCAUGUCCUUUUGUGGCGGCCUCCCCGAAAACACCGUGUGCGGCAGCGACGGCAAGGACUACCGCAGCGAGUGCCACCUGAACCGACACGCCUGCGACAAGCAGGAGAACAUCUUCAAGAAGUUUGAUGGGCCGUGCGAUCCUUGCAAAAACACUCACAACGACAUGAAUAGAGUUUGUCGGGUCAACCCUCGCUCGCGACGGGCCGAGCUGUUGCCCAGGCCGGAAAGCUGCCCCUUAAAAAAAGAGCCAGUGUGUGGGGACGAUGGGGUGACCUACGAGAACGAGUGCGUCUUGCAUAGGACGGGGGCCAUCCGGGGCAUCGAGAUCCAGAAGUUGCGUUCGGGACAGUGCCAGGUGCAAGACAGAUGCCGGGAGGAGUGCCGUUUCAACGCCGUGUGCCUGAUCCGCCGGGGCCUCGCCCGCUGCUCCUGCGAACGGAUCAUCUGUGAUGGCGCCUACCAGCCUCUCUGCGGCAGGGACAGCCGGACCUACUUCAAUGACUGUGAGCGCCAGAAGGCGGAGUGCCAGCAGAAGGCUGCCAUUCCAGUCAAGCACCAUGGACCUUGUGAUCUGGCCAAGCCGAGCCCCUGCCUGAGCGUCGAGUGCCAGUUUGGGGCCACCUGCGUGGUGAAGAACCAGGAGGCCAUUUGCGAGUGCCAACAAGUGUGCCAGAGCGUCUACGAUCCGGUCUGCGGCAGCGACAACCUCACCUACAGCAACCCUUGCGAGCUGGACGCCAUGGCGUGUGCCCUCCGGAAGGAGAUCCGCAUGAAACACAAGGGCCCUUGCGGUGAGCCGUUAGAUCCCCCUGCUAAAGAGAGAACCAACCCGGCUUGCCAUGCACAGGAGCAGCCUGACUUUGGUCUGUUUGGUUUGAAUGUUCAAGGAAAAGGGGGACCCUAUAAGAUUUCUGGGGAAGGGGACUUCUUCCAGGGAUCCUGCCACUGCGAUCCUGUGGGAUCCGUGCGGGAUGACUGCGAACAGAUGACCGGCUUGUGUUCCUGUAAACCCGGGAUUACUGGCACCAAAUGCAAACAGUGUCCCAGCGGAAGCAAGCUGGGAAUGUCCGGUUGUGAGAAAGAUCUCUCUGCCCCCUCGUCCUGCUCUGAAAUGACCUGUGAAUUUGGGGCGUCGUGUGUGGAAGUGAACGGCCUUCCCCAGUGUGAGUGUCCAUCGUUGCUUUGCACGGAAGCUGACGCAUCCAAGGUCUGUGGCUCUGAUGGAGUGACCUAUGGCGACCAGUGUCAGUUGAGAACCAUUGCUUGCCGGCAAGGGAAGGCCAUAGAGGUGAAACACUUGGGCCAGUGUGCAGAAUCCCAUGCCAGCCAUCCCACCCCGCCUGCAACCCAACGCCCUCUGGACUCCGUCCCCCCUCUGGCUCCCCAAAUCACAACGCUGGCUCCCGAGCUAACCAGGACAUCCUCCUCUCCCUGGCAUUCAGAAGACUCCGUUUCCCACCAGAGCCAGCCGGUCACCCGAAGGAUAGCCAAGCCUGCUGUCCUCUCCACUCUUCCCUGGACGACGCAGGGCAUCCGCCAGACCACUGCCAGACCCCUCCUGACAGCUCCCGUGGUCCCUGCCACCACUCCGAUGGCUUACGUUGAAUCGGGCAGCGCGGAAGGCAGCGGAGACCCAGAAUUGGGCACCAGCGGGGAUCAGGAAGGCAGCGGGACCAGCUCUGCAGGGGAGGAAGAAAUGGAAGAGGAAAAGGUGCCAAAUCCACACCUGGUCGAGAGAGCAACCUGUUACAACACCCCUCUGGGAUGCUGCUCGGAUGGCAAGACUCCAGCCAUUGACGCCGAAGGAAGCAAUUGCCCAGCCACCAAAGUCUUCCAAGGGGUCCUGAUUUUGGAAGAGGUGGAAGGCCAGGAACUGUUUUACACUCCGGAAAUGGCCGAUCCUAAAUCGGAGCUCUUUGGGGAGACAGCCCGAAGCAUUGAAAGCGUGCUGGAUGAGCUUUUCCGCAACUCAGAGGUCAAGAGGGAUUUCAGGAGUGUCCAGGUGCGACAUCUGGGCCAAAGCAGCGCCGUCAGGGUCAUUGUGGAGACCCAUUUUGACCCAGCUACUUCUUACACGGCUGCCGACAUCCAGCGGGCCCUUUUGAAGCAGAUCAAAGCCUCUAAGAAGAAAACAAUCUUGGUGAAGAGACCCCAGCAAGAGAACAUCAAGUUCAUGGACUUUGACUGGAUCCCUCAGCUCUUCACCACCACCACCACUACCACAAUCGCCACCACGAUGGCUCCCAUGGCCGCCAGCUCCCAGAGGUUCCCCAACACCACCAAUCCCCGGAACCUGAACCCGGGAUGGCUGAAUGGGAAAUCCUCCGGAGGAGCCACCACCAAAAGGCCCAGCACCAGCCUUCCAACCUCCAUGGACCGGAAGAAACCCGUGCGCCCUGUUCCCACCACCAAGAAGCCCCCGCGGCCCUGUGAUUCUCAUCCCUGCUUGCACGGCGGCACCUGCGAGGACGACGGCCGGGACUUUACCUGCAGCUGCCCUGCAGGAAAAGGAGGAGCGGUUUGCGAGAAGUCCAUCCGAUACUUCAUCCCCAGCUUCGGCGGGAAGUCCUACCUGGCAUUCAAAAUGAUGAAGGCUUACCACACCGUGCGCAUCGCCAUGGAAUUCCGGGCCUCCGAGCUGAGUGGGUUGCUUCUGUACAACGGGCAGAACCGCGGGAAGGACUUCGUCUCCCUGGCGCUGGUGAACGGAUUCGUGGAGCUCAGGUUCAACACCGGCUCGGGGACAGGCGUGAUCACCAGCAAGGUGCCCAUUGAGCCGGGCCAGUGGCAUGCCCUAGUGGUCAAUCGGAACCGGAGGAACGGCGUGCUAUCCGUGGACGGAGAGCCCCACAUGCAUGGCGAGAGCCCAAGUGGGACCGAUGGGUUGAAUCUCGACACCGACCUCUUUGUCGGAGGAGCCCCGGAAGACCAAAUUGAUGUGGUGGCCGAGCGCACAUCGGUCACCGCGGGCCUGAAGGGCUGCAUCCGCCUGCUGGACGUCAACAACCAGAUGUACGACCUGCGAGAGAAAGGCGAUGACGUGCUGUACGGCAGCGGCGUGGGCGAAUGUGGCAACAACCCUUGCCAGCCCAACCCCUGCCACCACGGCGGGCUCUGCCACACCAUGGAGGCCGAGAUGUUCCACUGCGAGUGUCUCAAUGGUUAUACAGGACCCACCUGUGCUGAUGAGAGAAACCCUUGCGACCCCAAUCCGUGCCAUCUCUCUGCCACCUGCUUGGUGUUGCCAGAAGGCGGAUCGAAAUGCGAAUGCCCCAUGGGACGAGGAGGCGAAUUCUGCGAAUCAGUUGCAGAAAUGGACCAGACCGUGCCUUUUCUGCCGGAAUUCAAUGGAUUCUCCUACCUGGAGCUGAACGGUCUCCAAACAUUUGUGCCGGAGCUACAGGAUAAGAUGACCAUGGAAGUGGCUUUCCUGAGCAGAAAUCCCAACGGUUUAAUUUUCUACAAUGGACAGAAGACGGAUGGGAAGGGAGAUUUUAUCUCCUUGGCCCUUCACAAUGGAUACCUGGAGUACAGAUACGACUUGGGCAAAGGAGCCGCUGUAAUCAAGAGCAGAGACCCCGUCCCUCUGAAUACCUGGGUCAGUGUUUCGCUGGAGAGGAACGCGCGGAAGGGCAUUAUGAGGAUUAACAACGGAGAACGGACGCUUGGUGAAUCGCCGUUGCCCCACACCUCACUUAAUUUAAAGGAACCCCUCUACGUCGGGGGCGCACCGGACUUCAGCCAACUGGCUCGGGCUGCCGCAGCAUCUGCUAGCUUUGAUGGAGCCAUUCAGAAGAUUUCCAUCAAAGGGACCCCCAUCCUGAAAGAGAAGAACAUCCGCAGCGCUGUUGAGAUCUCCCCUUUCCGCUCCCAUCCCUGCACUCAGAAGCCCAGCCCUUGCCAGAACAGCGGGACCUGCCAACCCCGUUUGGAGAGCUAUGAAUGCACCUGCCCCAGAGGCUUCUUCGGGACCCACUGCGAGAAAGUCCUCACCGAGAAGGCAGCUGGAGACUCCGAUGCCAUCGCCUUCGACGGCUGGACCUACAUCGAAUACCAUAACGCUGUUACCAAGAGCCAACUGACCAAUGAGAUACCAGCUCCCGAUGCUUUGGAUUAUCAUCUGGACCUCAGCGAGAAGGCUCUGCAGUCCAACUACUUCGAGCUGAGCAUCAAAACCGAAGCCACCCAGGGACUCAUCUUGUGGAGCGGGAAGGGUCUGGAUCGAUCCGACUACAUCGCUUUGGCCAUCGUGGACGGCCGGGUCCAAAUGACCUACGACCUUGGCUCCAAACCCGUGAUCCUUCGGUCUACCGUCCCAAUCAACACGAACCAGUGGAUUCAGAUCAAAGCGUCCAGAGUCCAUCGAGAUGGGUCCCUCCAAGUCGGCAACGAAUCUCCCAUCAUGGGUUCCUCGCCUCUCGGAGCAACUCAGCUGGACACAGACGGGGCCCUUUGGCUGGGUGGGUUGGAGAAGCUGAGCCUGGCCCACAAGCUUCCCAAAUCUUUCCUCACCGGCUUCGUGGGCUGCAUACGAGACGUGGUGGUGGACCGCCAAGAACUCCAUCUGGUAGAGGAUGCUUUGAACAACCCCACCAUAUUACACUGCGCAGCCAAAUGAAACGAUCCGGCCUCUCCUCCUCUCCCUCUGCCUCUCUCUCUUCCCUCCACCCGGCUAUUGCUGUAAUUAUUUUCUAUUUUUGUAAAACUUCUUGCU